AUGCUCAAUGCGAAAUGCUCUAAACAUUUGGAAUCAUUCCUUGCUUCUAAGGCAACUUUUGAAAUAAUAUAUGGCCAUCGGCAAUUUAGCAAAAUAGAUAGAUUACUUGUGCUUGAUUCGUCUUUUAAUCCACCUCACAAUGGCCACUUGAAUUUGAUCAGAAGGGCAGUGCAACAUUAUAGCGAUAGCAAAUUGCAUGUCAUCUUACUGCUUUCUCUUAACAAUGCCGACAAAGAACCUCAGCCCGCUACUUUCGAUAGAAGGCUAGAUAUGAUGUGCUUACUUAGCGAUUUUCUCAAAGAUAGCUCGAUAAUGACUUCUGUCGGAGUAACUACAUAUGGCAAAUUCGUGAAGAAAUCAGAAGCAAUGCUCGAGAAGCUUGGCAACGGUUUCCAAAUUGCCUAUUUGGUGGGUUUCGAUACAAUCACAAGAAUCUUCGAUCCCAAAUACUAUGCACCCAGGUUGGUGUCCGAGGCCCUCGGGCCAUUUAUGGAGAACACCGAAUUGUACUGCCUUACAAGGUGUGGGAAUUCCGAAAUCAAUGAUCAACUCAGCUACCGAAAAUCCAUUGCUGAAGGCCUACACGAGCCUGAAAUCCCACGCUCUUGGCAUCAAAAAAUCGUAAUAGAACAGAAUGUCCCAAACUUCAGUCAAAUAUCUUCAACAUUGGCCAGGGAAAUGAUUAUAAGCGCUCAGCCAGAUGCUGCAUCCUUGAUGCCUAAAGCAAUUUACGAUUACGCUAUUCAAAGACACGAUGGGGUCAACAUCUUUGAAAAGAAGAAGUAG